AUGAUGGACCACCGAGACGUGAUGUUGCCCUUGUCCCUCCGAACCCUAGCCACCCGUACCCUCCUCCUGCUCGUCAUCGCGUCCGCCGUUUCCUGCUCUUCCUUGCCGCCGGAGGACGGCAUCCGGGUCGUCUCUGCAGAGAAAAGGAUCGACCUCACGGGUCCCAUCGUCAAAGUCUUCCUAACAUUGAAGGUCGAGAAUGCUCCCACUGCCUCUGAAGCAUCACGAGUUCUUCUCGCCUUCACGCCCACAGAGGUUCAACAUCUCUCUAUUGUCAAGGCCACGAGAGCGGAGGGGAAGCGCAAGAAGAAGGCAUUCGUACCCCUCUCGAUCGAACCCUCUGAGCUCGCCACCACCGCUCCUGAUGCCCCUCGCCUCUACUCUGUUCUGCUCAGCACUCCUCUGAAACCUGGCGAUGCAACCACUCUAGAAGUGUUAUACAUGCUCACUCACUCUUUAGAGCCCUUUCCCGCUGAGAUUAGCCAGUCAGAGUCCCAGCUGGUUUACUACCGUGACAGUGCGGUGCUUCUCUCGCCCUACCAUGUCCUGGAGCAGGUUACCUACAUCAAAAUGCCAAGCAAUAGGAUUGAAUCCUUCACAAGGGUUGAUCCUACCACACGAGCUGGUUCUGAAGUGAAAUAUGGCACAUACAAUAACCAGAUGCCAAACUCCUAUUUGCCAAUUCUUGUGCAUUACGAGAAUAACCGUCCAUUUGCUGUUGUUGAGGAACUUGUACGCAAGGUGGAGAUUUCUCACUGGGGAAACAUCCAAAUCACCGAGCAGUAUAAACUGAAACGGCAUGUGCUAAAUCACAAAGGAGUCUUUUCCAGGCUUGAGUAUCAAUCUAGGCCAUCUGUCAGUGGAGCUUCGUCCUUUAAGAAUCUUCUUGUAAGGCUGCCACCUCGGGUUCAUUCAGUUUACUAUCGUGAUGAGAUUGGUAACAUCUCCUCAUCCCAUCUGCGCACUAAUUCACACAAGUCCGAGCUAGAAAUUGAGCCCAGAUAUCCAUUAUUUGGUGGCUGGCACUGCACGUUCACCAUUGGCUAUGGUCUUCCAUUGCAAGAUUUUGUCUUUGAGUCAGUUGAUGGCCGGCGCUACAUCAACCUUACUUUUGGUUGCCCUCUAUUGGAUACUGUGGUUGACGAUCUUACAGUUAAAGUUGUGCUUCCUGAAGGAUCAAAAAAUCCACAGCCUGUAGUUCCUUUUGUGACAGAGAAACAUCUUGAGACUAGUUAUUCAUACCUUGAUGUUGUUGGAAGGACGACAGUUGUACUGAAGAAGAAAAAUGUUGUAGGAGAGCACAACGUUCCUUUCCAGGUGUACUAUGAAUUCAAUCCGAUCUUCAUGCUGGCAGAACCAUUGAUGCUGAUAUCUGCAGUGUUGCUGUUUUUUGUUGCCUUCAUUGCCUAUCUUCACAUGGAUCUUUCCAUCAGAAAAUCAUCAUAG